AUGUUCAAGCUUCCGGAUCUUUCCGGGGUCCUGUCGACUGAGUCACAGACCGACGUGCCGGCCCCGGCGCCAGGCUCUACCCCGGGGCCUGCUCCUGCGGCCCAGGCAGCCCAGGCGGCCCAGGCGGCCCUUGCCUCCAUCCGGAGCGUGGGCUUCCUUUCCGGCGGCCGGCCGACAGCCGACGCUUCGGGGCCGUCCGGUGCCGAGAAGAGCGACGACGAUGAUGAGGAUUUCUUCGGCCCAGCAAUCCCGAGCGGGCUCACCACGACUGCCGCCAGGCCGAGUGCCAGCGUGGAGCCAGGCCCCGGCCCUCCGGAGGAGCCUCCGAAAGACGAGAAAUCCGGCAAGCGCCGGCGCAAGCGCCGCUCCGACGCGCCGCCCGCCGUUCGCCUCCCCCUGGCCAACGUUCUGGCCCUGCCGGCCGGCGACAAGUCGGUCCAGUGCAUUGUGGCUGAUGGUCCUGGGUCACGGACUCUGACCGGUGGCUUUGAUCGGGAGAUUCGAUUCUGGCCGCUGGAUCCGAUCCCCCCGUCAUUGGCCCCCCGGUAUGUGCUGAACCCCUUUGACCUGCAGGCUGUGGAGAGCUCCCACCGGCUGGCCAUCGGCGCUGGGGAGGAGUCCGCCCCCAUCCGGGAUAUGGACCUUGGUCCGGAUGGAGCGCUGCUGGCCGUGGCCCCGGCGGCCGUGCGAGCGCGCAUCAUCGACGUGCGCCAGCGGGGCGCCGUCUGGACGACCCCUCGCGGUGACAUGUACAUCCGUGAUCGUGCCCACACCAAGGGCCAUGUUGCCAGCAUCACAUCCAUUCAGUGGAAUCCCAUCAACCGGGAGGAAUUUGUCACCUCUUCCGAGGAUGGCACGGUCCGCACAUGGUCUAUGGUGGUCCCUCGGGCCCAGAAGCGAGUGAUUGUCCUACGGGCCAGCACUGGAGCUGCUCAUACCAUCCGUGCCAACCAAGUCCGCUACUCGGUGGAUGGCACACGCCUGGCCGUCGCCACCAAUCUCGGCGAAGCUCGCAUCUACUCGGCUACCGGACAGGGCCACCGGCCAGACAUCGUCUUCGAGGAUGCAUAUACCUUCGGCGAUGAGCACACCGCCAUCGCCUGGCCGAAUGCCCCCGGCGAGCACUAUCUGGCCACUCGCGGCAUGGAUUCCAUCAAACUGUGGGAUAUCCGUAAUCCGAGCAAACCGGUGGCCGAUCGCCCGACACCGGAAUACGCUGCCACCGUCAAAUUCCUGGCCCACUGCCCGAUCGCCUUCUCCCCGAACGACACCAUGCUGGCUGCCGGCGGCCUGGCUGGGACGGUCGAUGUCCUGGCCGUGCCCGAUCUGCGAGUUCUCGGCUCCAGCCCCGCCAUCGAUGAGGACCUGUCGCCCGUCGUGUCGGUCCUUUGGCACCAACGCCUGAACCAGAUCUUUGCCGGGUGCCAGUCGGGUCGCGCUGGCAUCCUCUUUGAUCCCUCCUGCUCGGUGCGCGGGGCGCUGACAUACACCGGCACACCGGCCCGGCCGCGGCGCAUGGAGGCCGUUGUAUCUGCCGACACCGGGGCCAUCGAUCGCACUCGCAUCGUCGCGCCGGAUGCCCUCCCUCUCUUCCGCGAUGAGCAUUCGCAACAAGCACGCGCGGCCGCCCGUGCCCAGGCCAAGCCGGCCAAGCCGCCGAAGGCCCUUGGCCGGGCGCGCGGUGGCCAAGCCGGCGCCAUCAGCAACACGCACUUUGCCCAUUUCGUGGCGCAGUCCCUGCAGACCGGCCAGCCGGAUGCCGGCAACUUCGACGACCCGCGCGAGGCGCUGCUUCGCCAUGCGAAGGAAGCCGAAGCCCAGGCAUGGCGCCAGCUCGCCCGGCUGCUGGAGUUCAGCCGCAACAGCAGCAACAACAACAACAACAGCAACAACAUGGUGCCCCCCCACGGCGCACCAGCUCCGAAGUCGUACGUCCUCCGGCCUUCGGGCAUCGGGGCCCUCUGGCGUGGCUCGGAGAACCGCAUUGCCGUGCUUGAGCACAACCUCAAGCUCCUCUACUCUUGUCAUCUUAAGACCAAGCGCGACCUCGAGGAGUCUCAGGAAAUCAUCGGACGGAUGACGCAAAUGGGCCAGACGAUGGCCGCCGGGGCCGGGGCAUACCCCGGAUCGGCCGCCGGUGGCGUCGCCCCCCCGGGUGGGCUCUUCUCCAACACGGCCUCCGGGACCGGGGGCGAGUCCUUCCUGUCCAGCGGCCCUGCCUUCCCGGGCAUGGGCCAGCAUCAUCACCACCAGGCCGGCGACUCGGCGGACAACAGCCACCAGGGCCCCUUCGAUGAGCGCCAGGAUGACGGCUGGUCCAUGCUGGACCCGAACAUCGAUGGUGAGGCGUCGGUGUACGCCGGACUCGGGGGCCCCGUCGGGGCCGGGCUGCACCAUACCCCCGGGGCCGUGCCCCUGGAUGCCGAUCGCCUGGCGGCCCUGCGUGCGGCCGAGGGCGCCGCCGCCGAUCACAACAACUUUGCCUCGGUUUUGGAGGCCGCCGUGCGCAAGGCCGCCGAUAUGGAGGCCAAGUACCAGGAGUCUCAGGAACAGGCCCAGGCCCUGCGCGACCGCUUGACUCAGAAUCUCUCGCGGCUGGACGAACUGCAGGAGCAGCUGGACCUGAGCAGCGCCGCGUGCGACACCCUGCGCAAGGCGCGCGAGGAUGGCCAGCGUGCCUUGGAACAGGCGACGGCCGAGGCAGCCAUCGGCAUGGAGCAGCUUCGCGCCCAAUUGGCCGCGGCUCAGGCGGAACUCGAGGCGGAGGUGGCCCGUGCCGCCGACCUGAGCACCAAGCUGGCCGCCACCGCCCGCGAGCAGAACGACCUGCUGGAGCAGGUGGACACCCUGCGGGCGGCCCUCCAAAAGACCGCCGGCCAGCUGGAGGCCGCUCAGGCCGAGCUGGUCACCAACAAGGCGUCUCUGUUGGAGGCGGAAACCGCCACCGUCGCGGCCAAUCGCCGCGCCACCAUGGCGGCGGCCGAUCGGCGGGCGGCAUUUGAUUUGGCCGCCUCGGUGAGUGCCUCCCUGGCCCGGCUGGCCGAGACGCUGAGCUCGCCGAAUGGCGGGGGCAUCUCCUUCUCCAUCCCGGCUGGCUGGACCGAUGCCCAGCAGCAGCUGACCCUGGUGGUGGAGCAUCUCAAGCAGAGGGCCCUUGCGUCGGGCGAUGGCCCGGGGGUGGAUCCCGGCCCGGGCCCGGCGGCCACGCACGAGGAAGACGCCUCUGCCCGGACGCCGGGGGCCGAGUCGACCGGCGACCUGGCCCUCACAAGGGACAUGGUCACUCGAUGCAUGGGGCACCUGCUGGAGCUGGGCUUGGGUCUGGUCUCGGCGCGGGAUCAGGCCGUCGCCGAGCAGGCGUCCAAGCUCCAGGAGGCCGAGGCGGCGCUGGAAACCGCCCGCCGCCAGCUCGCCGACCUGUCGGAUGAAUUGUCCACCCACGAGAUGGCCGCGCUGGAGGCCGGGGCCCAGGCCGGCGAAGCGGGGCAGGCUUUGGCCGCGGCGUCGGCCUCCUUGGAGAAGCUGACUCGCGAAUUGGAAGCCACCCACGAGCAUUUGACCUCGGCCCUUGAAAAGAUCGACCACCUGACGGCACAGCAGGCUGCGGCCGAGGCCGACGCCGAGGCGGCCCGUGCGGAGGCUCGUGCCUCGGAUGAGGCGGCUCGCGGCGCGGCUGCCGAUGCUGCUGCCUGUCGGGCCAAGGAGGCUCGUGCUCGUGACGAGUUGGCUCGCGCCGAGGCGGCCCUCUCUCGGGCCGAGGCCCAGACGAAGAAGGCUCUCGCCGAGGCGGACAAGCUCCGGACCAAGGCCCAGCAUGCGGAGGCCAGCGCCAAGGCCGCCCAGGAGCAGCUGGCCGCGGCUCAGGACCAGGCCCGGCAGGCGCGCCUCGAGGCAUGCGAUGCGGUGAAUGACGCCACCGCCGCCCGGGAGGAGGCCGCAAAGGCCACAGCCCGUGCGGCGACCAUCGCCGAGGAGGCCGAGGCCGAUCGCGAGGAGGCCGGCCGUUUGCGGGCCGCCGCGGCACGGGCCGAUGCCGAGGCGCGCGCCGCCGUGGCCGAAGCCGCCGAAGCCACCGCCGAGGCGGACAAGCAGCGGGCCGCCGCCGAGGCGGCCGUCGCCGCCGCCACCAAGCAUCAAGCCGCUGCGGCCAAAUUCAAGCAAGAGGCCGAGGCGGCCCGCAAGGCGGCCAGCCUGGAGCAGGAGGCCACCCGUGUGCGGGUGGCCGAGCUGGAGGCCGAACUGGCCGCCGCUCGGUCCCAGGUCCAAGCCACUCGCGACUCCCUGGAGACCAAGCACUACUCUCAGAUGGAUCUCCUGAAGCGCCAGCAGCAGAGCCACAAGGAGGCGAUGGCCUCCCUGGAGCGGAACUUUGCCCAGCGCGAGGCGGCCCUCCAUGCCAAGCACGAGAAGGCCCUGGAGCAGGAGCAUGCCCUCUUUGCCCAGCAGAUGGCGGACAAGGAGCACCAGCACCAGCAGGAGGUUCACGACCUGCUGCGGAGCUAUGAGGCGGCUCUCAAUCGCCCGGCCAACCCGGCGGAUGCCAUCAACAUGACGGACUGGGCGCUGGCCGAUGGCGGCGACCAGGACCUGCCCGACCCCGGCCCGGCGGCCGGUGGUGGCCCCGGCGCCGGCAGCCCGACCGGCGAGUCGGCUCCUGCGGGUGGCGACGCUCGGCCGCUCUCGCCGCCUCCCCCCCUGUCAGCCGACGAGGGGGCCUUUGCCGAUGCGCAGUCUGGCCCGGGGGCCGGGGCAGCGGCCGUCGUCCCUCCUGCUGGCGGUGACGGCGGCGGGGCACCGGCCCCCGGGGCCCAGCAGCCCCCGAUGGACCUGCACUUCCCGGACUUCCACAACCUCCGAGCCAUGUUCAUGUAUGACAUGACCCAGCCGGCUGAGGGCCAAUUGGCCACGGUGAACUCCCUCCUGGAGGAUGGCCUGGAGUCGCUGCGGGAGUGCCUGCGCCAGGCGGCCGAUGCAUCCGGCGCCGGGGCCGAUGCCAUGGCCUCCUCCCUCCAGCAGCUGUCCCUCCAGGAACUGGAGGCCCAUCCGGCGGUGGAUCACAUCCUGGAACACGCGACCCCGGAGCAGCGUCUGCACCUGCACAACAUCCUGACCCUGCUGCAUGCGGGCCUGGCCUUCCGCGACCAGAGCAUCUUCCAUCUGGCUUCUCUUGGAGAGCAACAGCUUCACAGCGCCCUCGACCGGCAGCCGGAGCUGUUGGCUCAGCUGCAGAAGCGCCUGCGGGGGAGCAUGGUUCUGAAUCAGCCCCUUUUGGCGGAUGCCCCCCCACCCCAGGUUGGAUCCCAGUGCAUGUUCAUCCGCGUGGCGGACCCCCCAAACUCCGCCAACUCCGAGUGGCGCCUGAUGUCCAUCCCCUCGAUGCAGAAGAAGACCCGCUUCAUCCUGUCGGACCUUUCCCUGCGCCAUAUCACCAAGAACAUCUUCAACCUCGAUGGUCUGCCGACUGUCGAACGUGCUCGGGCUGCCACCUCCUCGCUGAUCUUCAUCCAGUGCACCAUCGAGCACCUCACGCCUGGCCCAUCGGAGAAUGAGUGGAUUGUGGACAUCGAUCCUUUGAUUGCCUUCUGA